AUGGGUUCUGACUCAGACCGUGUUACUACUCUUAUUGAUAAAUUAGCACUGGAGUUUAAGGUUCGUGAUAUGGGUGUGCCUUCUUUCCUUUUGGGCAUUGAAACUGUCCCGUUAUCAGCCGGUACGCUUUUAACACAACAACGGUAUAUGAAGGAUAUCCUCAAACGUGCUGGCAUGGUGGACUGCAAACCACACAAGCAUGCGCCCACUACUACGGACUGGGCCUCUCUUAAAAGAGUCAUGCGGUAUGCUAAGGGCACCCUGAAUCUUGGUCUGCAAAUUUCUCGGUCUACAUCUAUGGAUAUUCACACCUAUUCGGACUCAUAUUGGGCUGGCGAUCCAAAUGAUCGCAAGUAUACUAGUGUCUUUGCUGUGUUCCUGGGUAGUAAUCUUAUAUCUUGGGUAUGUCAGAAGCAACAGACUGUGGCACGUUCUUCAACUGAAGCAGAAUACAAGGGACUAGCUGAUGUAUCUGCAGAGGUUACAUCGCUUGUUUCCCUGUUAAACGAAAUCAGCAUCCCUCCUGCAUCUCCUCCUCGAAUAUGGUGUUAA